AUGCGGGUGAUCAUCACUGUGGUAGUGUUGACUACGGUAUCAUUGGUUUUCCAAUUGCUGCCGGUGAUCUCUGUGCCGAUCACUAAGAGCUUGGCGCUAUCGAACUUUCUUGAUUCCGCGUAUGGCGUGUUUGGCUGGUGCAACACUAAUGUAGAUCUCAAUGGAACGGUAUGCACACCUGCGGGAAUCGGAUACACAGACUUGAGCGUUGAUAUGUCGGGACGGAAAACCUUUCUCCCAUCCAUGGUGAAAUACCCAGUGACAAAAUUGCUAGUGGUUCACCCACUAUCGUUGGCGUUCACGUCGAUAUUGUGGGUUAUGAUAUUGCUGCUAUUAUCCCCCUCACUACGAUCCUCCUCUGGAUAUCUGUUGGUUGUGGCGCUUUUCUCGCUGCCGACCGUUUUGUUCAGUUUGCUGUGCUUUCUGGUCGAUAUUCUCAUUUUCAUUUCGCAUUUGAACUGGCCAGGAUGGCUCAUGUUGGCUGCCACGAUCAGCUUGGCCAUUUGCUGUUCGUUGCUGUGGACUCUGAGACGUUCCGUGUCCAUAAAAAACUACGAAACUCUGCAAGCAAAAGAGAGGGCUUCAUCAGUGGAAACAUAUGCCACAGCACAGAUUGCACCGAUAAAGACAGGCUCAAUUACGGUCCAUGAAUCCUCAGUGCUCGAACCUGGUCUCUCAUAA